AUGUACGUGGAAAUGAUUUCAGAUCUACUCGAUUUGUUCAAUAAACUAUUAAACUUCAUGACUGAAGUUGGAGUCUUAGAUUCUUUUACAUUCGUGCAUUCUGCCAUAAAUCUCAACCCGCAGCAUGAGCAGUUCCUUAAAAGAAUUCAAUCAUCAAUUGAUGAAUUGAAGAAAUGGUUACAAAAUGUAUGUACGGAAUGGAAAGCAGAAGAUUUAGCUUCUCUUGGCAAUGUAAUAGAGCCACCAAUGACACCUAAUAAUAUAGAUCUCAACAUGAAUGGCACCGAUUACAUCACGCCACUUAUUAAAGAAAAGAUAGACUCUGUGCUAGGUUUCCGAAACCCAGUUAGUCCGAUCUUAUGGAGUGUUGGAUUGAGACCCAUACAAGAUAGUAAUUCUAAAGACGGAUUUGAGAUAGAUGAUGAUCAAAGACUGCCUACAGAUUUUGUUGCUCCUUCUUUUGGAGAUUAUGGAAGCCCAUCUUCAGAACCUUGGAAUGUUUUUCAAGAAUCUAAUUAUGAUCUGGAUCAGACAAACAUGGAUGAAAAAGGUCCUCAAACACCAAAUAUAAAAAUAUAUAGAAAGGAAGAGGAACCAGAAAUUAUACAAGACAUGAAUUCAAAUUCAAAUUCAUCAUGUUUUCCUCAUGAGAUUAAUCAGAUUGAAAAUUUACUUCCAUGCCAAAAAUGUAAACACCAAUUCGGGUCCUUUGAAGAGUUGGAAGAACAUUUAAAAACACAUCAAUUCAAAUCAAAAUUCACAAAUCUACAUUUAACUUGUGCUUACUGUAAUAAAUCUUUCUAUAAAAAAAGUAACUUACGCCUACAUAUGUUGAUCCAUGAAAACAUCAAACCUUACACAUGUUUGUACUGUGAUCGGCAGUUUACUCAGAAAGCCACAAGAGAUAUACACUUAACUAAACAUACUGGUGACUAUUUAUAUUUGUGUUAUGUUUGCAAUAAAAAAUAUGCUACUAAAGGAAAAUUAGAGUUCCAUAUGAAAACUCAUCAAGAAGCACAAUAUGAAUGUACAUUGUGCAGUAAACGAUUUUCUACUCAGCAAUAUUUAAAUUAUCAUAUGAAAGUACACCCAGAUCAGAAUACAAGUGGAUUCAACUGUGAUGUAUGUCAAACAGAGUUUAAGAAAAAAAGAUCUUUCCUUGCACAUAGAAAACAAGAACAUCCAUCUUGUAUGUUUAAAUGUCCAACUUUUGAGUGUGAUAAGGAAUUUUCUACGAUCCAACUGUUAAAUAGGCAUACUAAACGAUUACACGAAGCAAAGGAAAGAAGUGUGAUUUGUUCAGAAUGUGGGAAAUCAUUUGAUUUUCCUAAUUACUUACAAAAACACAUUGUUCGAGUUCAUGGGCCUAAACGUUUACCAAAAUUUAAAUGCCGACAAUGUCCCUUACGUUUUGAUAAUGACGUUAUGUUACAUGUACACAUGCAAUCACAUCCAAAGGAUAAUAAAAAGAAAGAAAUCAAACGCGUGAGUUGUCCUCGAGAUUCUUGUAAUUUAUCAUUUUACAACCGUGUUAGUCUUCGAUAUCACAUUGCUGAAAAACAUGAUAAUAUAUAUCGGUAUGAAUGUGAAAUAUGUCAAAAAAAAUUUGUUCGCAAAAAUCAUUAUGAAUUACAUAAAGCUAUUCAUUUGAAACCAAAUUUUACUUGUAAUAUGUGUUUCAAAAGAUUUCGUAAAAAGAAUCGCCUAGCUGCUCAUUGGAAAAGGACUCAUCAACAAGAGACAUUUGAUUUUGGCAUGCUUUUUAGUGUAGAUACAAUUCACAAAUUAAAUUUAUAA